AGUGUGGCAAUAGGACUGUUUGCUUCGGGGCUUUGUUUCCAUUUAGGACCGAGAUUGUUGUGACACGCGGUCUACAGUCGUUUGCGUGGAGAAAUUUCAGACAAACCAUAGGAAGGUAAAUACGUUUGUUUAUUAGCUGCGUCUUAUAAGACUAAACAAUAAAUACAAAAACGGACCUUGUUGUCUGCAGGGACGUUUAACGGAGUGGUUUAGCAAUCAAGGGUGAAACAAGUUUAGAUGUAAUGGGAUACUUUGAACUUCAAUAUGGAUAGAGAUCUUCUACGCCAGUCUGUGAGUUAUCAUGGACAUACCCUGUUCUCCCUUUUAAAAUGUGAGCAGCAGGAAAACCCAGAUUUCCAGUGCAUCGCUGGAGACUUGUCAAGAACUGUACAAUACAGAAAAGAGAGAAGGGUUGAAAAUGUUGCUGUUCAGCAAUUUAUUGCAAGGAAAGCAGAUCUCCUAUUUUCUCCAUCAUGGCAGUCCAGCACCCCUUCAGUUAAAGAAGAGACUGAAGAUAUGUAUGCAGUUAUGCCACCUCUGGAACAAUUCAUGGAGGUCCCUGGCAGCGACAGGAGGAACCUGUUUUUUCGUGAUAUUGAACGUGGGGAUGUUGUGAUCGGACGUAUUAACUCCAUACGAGAAUUUGGAUUCUUUGUUACUUUGAUCUGUUUAAGCGGAGGUCUGGGGAGAGAUAUUGAGGAUCUAGAAAUAACAGCCCUAUGCCCAUUAAGGGAUGUGCCUACCCGUGGUAACCAUGAUGAUCCUCUUUCAUACUAUCAAAAUGGAGAUCUAAUUCAAGCUGGAGUAAAGGACGUUGACCGUUACCAUGAAAAACUGACUGUUUCGUUGCAACCUUCUUCUCUUCCUUCAUCCCUUUCACACCUGAAACUUGGAGUUAUAGGUGUUGAUGAUAUGCCUGCCCAUUACAGUCGGAGUGUUGCGGUGGCCAGCAGCACUACAGAAACCUACGAGAAGGUCUUGAAACGCACACUGGGUUUUGCGAAUCCAUCCACAGUAGAGUUUCUUUUGGGGAAACUAGGAAUUAGUGAAACCGAUCCUGCUUCACUGAUGAGGGGAUUGCAAACCAAAAACUUCUUAAAAGAAGAUUAUGCGACAUCUAUCAGAAAAAAACAGUCAGCAUCUUGGGCAUUAAAAUGUGUAAAGAUUGGAGUGGAUCAUUUUAAAUCGGGGCGGCAUGUAGAAGCGAUGAAUGAAUACAACAAGGGCUUGGAAAUAGACACAAAUAAUGUGGAAGCACUGGUGGCACGUGGGGCUUUAUAUGCUACAAAGGGUAGUUUGAAUAAAGCUAUAGAUGACUUUGAACUGGCAUUAGAGAGCUGUCCAACGCACAGAAAUGCCAGAAAAUACUUAUGCCAAACAUUAGUGGAACGAGGAGGCCAGGUGGAAGAGGAAGAAAAACUGGCAACUGCUGAAGGGUUAUACAGAAAAGCACUGGCUUUAGAUGAGACUUUUGAAGAGGCAGAAGAAGCUUUGCAAAAACUACAGAAACACAUCCAGAAAUCACUGAGAUUGAAAGAAGAGGAAGCAGCAAAAGAAGAGAAGGAUCUGAAUAAAAGUGUGGAGACAAGUGCUGAAAAAUUGCGUAAGCUAUUAAAAGAAGAAAAAAGAAGGAAAAGGAAGAGGAAGAGAUCAUCAUCAUCAUCAUCAUCAACCUCCUCUUCUGACUCCACAUUGUCUUCAAGCCACAAAAAAUCCAAGAAAAGGAAGAAACGCUCCUUAUCUUCACACAGUCACAAGAAGCGUUCACACAGGUCUUCCUCAAAUGAAAACAAAACCUUUGAUAGCAAGGAGGAAUGGUACCCUCCUCCAGCAAACACCUCAGCAUCUUUCCUGAAUCAAAAGCAGGAUAUGGCUAAACUGCUAGAGGGGAAUGUAAGGUCAGUAGAACAGAAAUCCCAUGUAAAGGGUAAAAGACACAACCGCUCCAUGUCUUCAUCUUCUGUUGAAAUCUUGAAUGAUGAUGGUGGAGAUAGGUCUGAAGACUCCAUAGAUUCCUUUCAUAGUGCCAAAUUCCAAGCUGGUAGCAGCAAAGGAAAAAAUCAGUGCAGUAUAGAUGGGGAUUCUAGACAUCAUAUUUUAAAAUCUCGCCACAGGGUGUCAAGUGCUAAAGAGGGAGAGGUGGACCACUAUUCUAAGAGGCAAGAUCAGGAAUCUGGCAUUCACCAAGGAAGUGCAGAAAAGUCAAUUCAUAGAAAGAACUCCUCAUCUUCAGCAGGUUCUGAGUAUUCUCGUAAGUCUGAUAAGUAUGGUUAUGCAAGAAGAGAUUCUUAUUCACAGGACCAUAGUUGCGGCAAAAAUGUAGAGAGUGGGGAUAAGAGGGAGGAAUACAAGACCCGAGAGAGUGUAAGUAAGGUGAAACCUAAGGGAGAGGAAAAUGUACAGUCAAGAGGUAGAUUGCAGAAUGGUAAGGAGUCUGCUGCUGAAGAGACAGCGGACAAAAAUCUGCCAUCAAACUUGCUUAAUAUAUUCAGCCAGAUUGCUCAAUUUGAAAAAAAGAAAUGCAGUAAGCAGAAAAAAUAAAAUGUAAUAUGUUUCAUUUUGAACAAAAUGCCUUUGGGAAUAUCCACUGUGUAAAAUGUUCUAAUGGCAGGAGAAAUAUACCAUUGGGCAAUUGAAUAGAUUCAGAAAAUGUAUAGUCUGAAACUUGUUUCCUUCAUUUACAAAAGAUUUACAAGGUUUUCAUUUUUUGUCUUUUUACUUUGGUGUAAAGUAUGCAUUGGUGGUUCAAAAUAUGAACAGCUGUGUUUUCUGUGCCGAAGUUGUUCUUAAGUCUUGAUAUUAAAUGUCGGUAAAUACAUUUGAAGAUAGAAAAUGCAGUGCUUUUUUUCUGGGGGUUCAUUACUAAAAAUAUUGCCUUAAAUUGCUAAUGUAGCAAACCAGAUAUGUUUGUAAGGAGCUAAUGCCAUGUAGAUGAACCUCGAUUACUUUUCAUGUGUUUGGUUAACAUUUAUACUCUAGGAAUAUGAUCCUAAGAAUUGGUGAUAUGUCCAAACAAAUCAAUCAUGGGAAAAAGUUUUGGGUGUAGCUCUGUAAGACAGAACAGCUGUUCUGCACCAAUAUCGCGUCAGCUUUUUCCCCAGGAAAGGAAACAAAUAACAAAAUACGAUUAGCAAAUUGUAUACUAAUGUGCCAAUUUUAUUAAUAUAACAUUUUAAAUGUUGUGUAUUAUCCCUAAAUGGUGCUAUUGGUUAUGCUCCACAAAUGUGUUUCUUUUUUGUACACAGGAUGAUGUAGAUCUCUAAUAAAACAUUAAAAACUGUCCAAAUAUCCUGACAUCUAACAAUAUGCAUUUUGAAGGUUUUGUUUUGGAAGUCAAAUAAAAUGUAUUAAUUUUG